GGAGGUUCAGAUAUAUUUUGAUGACACAUUGAUACAACUUCCAACCUAAUAAUAUACAUACGGAAGACAUGGCUGAAGAUGAUUCAAAUUCAUCAAACUAUUCUUCAGGACGUAACACUAUUUUAUGGGGUUUAUCAUUUGGAGUAGCCUCAGCAAUAGCAUUCAAAGCCGUUGGAGCUAUAUUUCCUCAAAGAAGUGCUGCAGAAAAAUCUUCCAAUGGAAAUGAGAAGGAAAAAAUUAAUCCAUCUCAAGUUAUUAUACCUGCAAUUAAUAUUAAUAUGCCUCCCAACGAAGUUGAGAAUAUUUCACAAAAUUCUCAAAAUAUACCUUCUCAACCUAAGCCGAAGGUCCCAGGUCACGCUGUGCCAUGUGGUGAAGUGCUAGACUUAUAUAAAGAUGUAAGUAUAUUACGUUCCAUUUUUUUCCCUUUACAGUAUAAGCUAUGUUGCUCGAAUUUUUCAAUAAUGUCGUCCGAUGCAUGCUGGCUCAUUCAAUACAUAUUUAGAGAAUUCGACUCGAAUGCAGCAACAUUAUAAGCAAAUUAAAUUAAUGAUUUCAUAAAUUCUUGUUUCAGAAAAGUGUUUUAUACUUUUGAUCUCAUUAUCAACAUAUAAUGUAGCACACAAAAUGAGUUGUCAAAAGUAAAAAUUCUUUAUA